AAGAGCCACGUUUAUGAUCAAAAGGAAAUGAAAAUAUAUUCAAAUUUGCAAAUUUUAUCUUCUUUUUUAUUUUAGGACAAAAGAAGAGGUGUGAGACUAUGUAAAACAAAUUAUGGAAAUAUAAUGAAAUUGUGCUGGCAUGAAUGUCACACCAGAUGUGAGGAUCCAAUCAAAUUGUGCUGGCAUGCUAUAAGUAAGUACCCAGUGCCAAGUGCCAACAUUGAAAAUACAAGUGCUUAGUGCAUAGUAUAAUCAAUGGACAACUUUGAAGAUCUAACUGAGCCAGUAAGUCCAAGUGGACAAUAUUUCAACACCCCUCCCCUAUGUUCAUAUGUUUUUGGAUUUUUGGAAUUAGAAAUUCCAAUUGAUGACUCUCAAGCUAUGUAUUUGAUCCAACAUUUGUUCUUACCUAUCAAUCCACGCUUCUCCUCCAUAAUAGUGAGAGAUAAAGAUGGAAAUAUGAAAUGGAAAAAAGUAGAGGUAAAUCCAAAAGAUCAUUUUAAGGUUCCAGUGUUCCCUAAAAAUGAGUCAAUUGAAUUCUAUGAUCAAGAUUUUGAUGACUAUGUGUCAAAGAUAUUAAUAGAAAGGACACCAAAAGACAAACCCCUUUGGGAAAUACAUGUUAUCAAGUAUCCAACAAGCAAUGCUGCUUACACCAUAAUAUUCAAACUUCAUCAUGCACUUGGUGAUGGUUACUCUCUCAUGGGUGCUCUUCUUUCUUGUCUUCAUAGAGCUGAUGAUCCUUCUCUUCCUUUGUCUUUUCCUAACCGCAAGUCAUCACAAUUGUUAACUCCCAAGAGAGGCUUUUUCAAGUGGUUCCCUUCAACCAUAUUCUCCCUUUUCAAUUCAAUCUCUGAUUUUGGAUGGAGUAUAUUGAAAAGUUCAAUAAUUGAAGAUGAUAAAUCACCUAUAUGGAAUGGUGAGGAAGGUUCAGAGUUUCUGCCUUGUGCACUAUCAAACCUAUCAUUCUCUCUCGAUGAAAUCAUAACAAUCAAGUCUAAGCUUGGAGUGACAAUAAAUGAUGUGAUUACUGGGGUAAUUUUCUAUGGGAUUAGGCUAUACAUGCAAGAGAUUGACAAUAAGGCAACAACAUCAAAUUCAACAGGAUUGGUGCUGCUCAGUACCAGGAACAUUGGAAGUUACCAAUCAAUCCAAGAUAUGACAAAGGCUGAUUCAAAAUCUCCUUGGGGGAAUCAUAUUUCUUUCUUACAUAUACCAAUCCCAAAGUUAAGCCAACCCAGCCUAUCUAACCCCUUAGAUUUUGUUUGGAAAGCACAGAAAAUAAUCAAGAGGAAGAGAAGUACUUUCACUGUUUUUCUCACUGAAUGGCUUUUAGAUAUGCAGCUGAAAUUAAGAGGACAUGAGGCAGUUGCUAAACAUCUAUAUGGUACAUUGAGAAACUCAAGCGUUGUCAUGUCCAAUUUAAUUGGUCCAGUGGAACCUAUGGCUUUGGCAAACCAUCCAGUUAAAGGCUUGUAUUUUAUAAUGUCUGGUGCACCUGAGAGUAUAGAUAUUGCAGUUAUGAGCUAUGCAAGAAUAUUAAGAAUUACUUUGAAAACACAGAAAGACUUAAUUGAUGAACAGAAGUUCAAGUUGUGCAUGGCAAGAGCCUUUGAGAUCAUAUCCAAAGCAGCAUCAAUGGAGAUUCCCAACAAAAAAAAGAUUAAAUGAACAAUCUAUGGAGAAAGAGAGGGACCAAUGAAGGUUUCAAUGCCAUUAUCUAGGAGUUUCAUUAUUAAUUUGUCAAGUUUGGUUUCAGCAAUAAAAAGGGAGCUUAAAUUUUAAUUUCUUUGAAUAAUAAUUCAUUAUUUAUUGUUGGAAUAUUUAUAAUAUACCCCAAUUGGAGGAAUGUUAUGUAUGUAUAUUAAGUUUUUGUGGACUAAGUUUGGAAGUUCACGGUCUAAACCACUUGGAAUUUCACAACACCUUA